AUAUAUAUAUAUUUUCAGCCUGUUCACUUCCAUAAACGCACAACUCGAAGUUGAAACCUGCAGCAGCAAAUCAUCACCAAAGGACGACGAAGACAAUGAUAGAAUCAAACCCACCUCUCCUACACCAUUAUGGAACACUUGUGCGCAAUCCAUCCAAUCUUGUUCAAGUUGAUCAGCAACGCCACAUUGGAGGGCUGGUCCCAGCUGAAGAAUGCCAGCUUCCAUUGAUAGACCUUCAUGGUUUGAAAAGCCCUGACACAAGGGAGAGCCUAGAAUGCGCUCGAGCCAUCUGCACAGCGUAGGAGGAGUGCGGGUGAAGGAGAGAGCAGCUCAAGCUGUUUGCUGCACCGUUUGAGAGAAAAGCUACUUGUGGGCUUCUCAACAAUUCAUACAGGUGGGGGACUCCAACCGCAACGCGGCCAACUCAAUACUCUUGGUCCGAAGCUUUUCACAUUCCUGUCACCAAAAUCUCGGAAGAAGCUUGCUAUGGGGAGGACUUUGGUUCUCUCAGGGGAGUGAUGGAGGAAUUUGCAGCAGCCAUGUCAAACCUGGCAAAGUUGCUUGCUGGGAUUCUAGCGAACAAUCUGGGACACCGAAAGGAAUCGUUAGAAGACAUUUGUGACUCGAGCACUUGCUUUCUUCGAUUGAAUCGCUACCCGGCUUGUCCGAUAUCCCCAGAGAUGUUUGGCUUGGUGCCUCACACUGACAGUGAUUUCCUCACAAUUCUUUGCCAAGACCAAGUAGGAGGACUUCAGCUCAUGAAAGAUUCCAAAUGGGUUGCUGUGAAACCCAAUCCAGAUGCACUCAUCGUUAACAUUGGAGAUCUUUUUCAGGCGUGGAGCAGUGAUGUGUACAAAAGUGUGGAGCACAAGGUGAUGGCAAACGAGAAGAUGGAACGCUACUCAAUCGCCUACUUCAUGUGCCCUUCCUAUGAUUCUUUAAUUGGGAGUUGCAGCAGCACAUCGCCAGAAUCUUCUUCCGUCUAUAGAAAGUUCACUUUCCGAGAAUACAGGAACCAAAUUCAACAGGAUGUUCAGAAACUUGGCCACAAAGUUGGCCUCUCAAGAUUUCUUCUUCAAUAAGCUUCCUUUACCUUUACCUUGCCUUCCUCCUAAUCCUAAAGGGCAGCAAACCAAAUAGUCAAUAGUCUACGGUCAACAGUCAACAGUCAACAGUCAACACCUGCUGUCUUGUCUAGAAGAAUCCCACCCCUCCCCACACAUUUCUUAGUACUUCAACUGUAAAAUUAUAUUUAUACUACUCACCAUUUGUAAUUUUCACUUAAGCAAGUAAGCAGGGGAAGGGAGGGAUAUCGUACCA